AUGGUCAAGAUCGUGAGAACAGAUGAUGGGGGAGUGCUUGCAUACAAAGCACCCAUCAAAGUCCACCAAGUCUUGUCGGAGUUUCCCGGCCAUGCAGUCUCCGACAACCUUCCUGUCCUCCGGCAUCUCAAACCGGAAACCAAGCUGGUCAGUAAUCAGGUGUACCAUCUAGUGCCUCUUCCGCUGCCAUCGCCAAAAGUUGGCAAAAAGAAAAAGGUUCGGUUUGCGAGUCCAGAGGGGGAAGCUGUGGAAGAAAGUGGGGUGAUGAGGAUUAAACUUGUCAUUACCAAGAAAGAUCUUCAGGAGAUGCUAGCCAAGGGAGUGGUUUCCAUUGAUGACAUGGUUGCUGAUCAGCUUCAGAGAUAUCACGGGGCGGAUGAUAGCUGCAAACAGUACUGGAAGCCUGGUUUAGAAAGCAUAGCUGAAGUAAACUAG